AUGGGUCUUGAUCUUGAGCGUGAAGUUUUCGGUGGUUCAGAGUCUGAGCUCUCAGACGAGGAGGAGGACUACCAGCAGCAGCACCAACAGCACCAGCAGCAGCAACACUACCACCAGCCCUCUCCAGCAAAGCAACGCCCGUCUGUCUCAGCGCGGGACGAGUACGAGUCCACCGGCGGCGACUCUGAGGAUGACUAUCAGCAAGAACGGCCCGCCGCGGGCAAGACUAAAAAGCGCCUGAAAAAGGCAGCAGAUGGUGGUGAGGGCAAAGUGCAGAGGAAGAGGAAGCGCAAGGCGCCUGUUGAAGUAGACUUGGCAGACCUGCCCCCUGAACAAGCCAGCAGAGCACGCCUGGACAUGCGACUGGAUGAAAUCUUGAAAACCAAAAAGUCCAAGCCAAAGAAAAAGAAAAAUGAAGAGAUUCUGGACAACUUUGCGGAUGAUGAAGUUGCAAGGUUAAGAGAGGCGAUGAAUAAUGCAGCUGAAGAAGACAUCCGGGCCAACACCGAAAAGAUGCCAGCCACAUCAAAGCUUCGACUGUUACCAGAAGCAAUGGACACCUUACGAAAAGCAUCGCUCGCACAGUCUAUGAUCGACAACAACCUUCUGGAUGCAGUCAGACGGUGGUUGGAACCACUACCUGAUCGGUCGCUUCCUGCCCUGAACAUCCAGCGCGAGUUCUUCAACAUCAUCAAGAAGAUGGAGUUUAUCGACAGCUCUGUGCUGAAGGAAUCCGGACUUGGACGCAUUGUACUGUUCUACACCAAGUGCAAGCGUGUGACACCAGACAUCAUGCGUACGGCAAGCGACCUCGUGUCGGCGUGGUCUCGCCCCAUCAUCAAGCGGUCGGCGUCGUACCGGGACCGCGUCGUGCCGGUUGCGCAAGAGACGGACAUGGAUGCGCGUGCAGGGGAGCGACUGAAUACGAUUCUGGCGCGUGCGAAGGAACAAGAGAAGGGCCGGGUGAAGCGCAACGCGGUUAUGAUCCCACAGCGUGAGCUAGGGACAUACACGGUGGCGCCCAAGAUGAACGCAGGAAUUGGACGGAGCAAUGUGAGCGUGGAUGUGGACAUUGAGAGGCGGAGGAAGAAUGCAGAGCGAUUGCGGAGUCUGACGCGCAAGGCCACGAGGGAGAAUGUCCAUAUCGGGACAAGCGGAGAAUGA